AUGAUACCAAAAUAUGCCCAGCAUCCUCUUUCUAUGUAUUUUGCUGUUGAUGAGGUCAACAAGAAUGCCAAGCUGUUCCCCAACAUCACAAUAACAGUGGAAAUAUAUGAAAACAAUUUCAAUGCCUGGAGGGCCAGUAAGCAUGUUUUAUAUAUUCUGUUUCUCAAUCGAGGGAGUCCUAUCAACUUCAACUGUGUCAGAAGAAGGAAUCUGAACUUCUUGCCUAUCCUUGGUGACCUCACCUCCCUCAAUUCCAUCCAGAUGGCUCACAUGUUGAACAUCUACAAGUUUCCACAGCUUUACUACUUUCUGAGAAACACCCGUUUUAAUAACAGUGUGGGUGAAGAAAUCUUUUUUGAUGAGAAAGGGGAGUUUGACCCAGGAUACGACAUCUUCAACUUUGUCUCCUUCCACAAUCAAUCCUUCCAGAGAGUCCGGAUUGGAAAGAUGGUCUCCAAAUCUCUUGAUGGGAAGAAGUUCACCAUUAAUGAAAAUGCCAUUGUAUGGAAUCACAAGUUUCAGCAGGUACCUCCCCGUGCCAGAUGUGUAGAGAGCUGCUGUCAGGGGUACAGAAAAGUUGUUCAAGAGGGGAAACAUAUUUGUUGCUACAAUUGUGCACAAUGUCCUGAAGGAAGAAUUUCAGUUGAACUUGAUGCAAACCAAUGUGAGAGAUGCCCAGUGGAUCAGUAUUCGAAUGAAGAAAAGAUCCAGUGCCUUCCCAAAUGUUUCAGCUAUUUAUCCUAUGGUGAAUCCUUGGGAAUCGUUCUGACGUCCUUGAUCCUUUUCUCUUCAUCAACCCUCAUUUUGGUGGCCGUGACUUUCAUUCUGCACUGGGACACCCCCAUUGUCAAAGCCAACAACAGGAACAUCACAUGCAUCCUUCUUUCCUCUCUCCUGCUGUGUUUUCUGUGCUCUCUGCUCUUCAUAGGUAGGCCUGGGAAGGUGACUUGCUUUCUCAGGCAAACUAUGUUUGGCACCAUUUUCUCCCUCUCGGUUUCUUGUAUUCUGGCCAAAACCAUCACGGUUGUUGUGGCCUUCCUGGCCACUAAGCCGGGAAACCAGAUGAGGAAAUGGCUAGGAAACAGACUGGCAGGAUCUAUCAUUGUCUUCUGCUCAUGUAUUCAAGCUAUUAUCUGCAUGAUAUGGUUGAUCGUGUCUCCUCCCUUCCCUGAGUGGGACAUGCAUUCACAGGUUCAAGAGAUCAUUGUUCAAUGUAAUGAAGGCUCAGAUGCCAUGUUUUACACUGUCCUGGGCUACUUGGGGCUCCUGGCCACCAUCAGUUUCACUGUGGCUUUCUUUGCCAGAAAACUGCCUGAUACUUUUAAUGAAGCCAAGCUGAUCACCUUCAGCAUGCUUGUGUUCUGUAGCAUCUGGGUGUCCUUCAUCCCAGCCUAUCUGAGCACCAAGGGGAAAUACAUGGUGGCUGUGGAGAUCUUCUCCAUCUUGGGCUCUACUGCAGGUCUCCUGGGUUGCAUCUUCCUGCCCAAGUGCUACAUCAUUCUCUUGAACCCACAUCUGAACACAAAACAGCAUCUAACCAGGAGGGCAGAUUAAUUGUUAAAUCUAACAAUCUAUUAUUGAGCCUUUACCUAGCGAUCCAAUGCAUCCAUUUGAAACGUCCAAAUAUUCAACUUGGCACCUGUAACCAUAUAUAUCAAUGCUAUCUUCUUUCUGUUCUUU